AUGGGUCAAAAGAUUUCCAGCGGCAUCAAGUCUAUAGACAGUCGUGGGGAAAGUGGUGGAUCGCCUUCAUACCGCCCGCUAGCGAGCCGUAGACAGCAUCCAGAAUUUAGAGGUCCGGAUUUCUCAAGACCGCCAAGACUCGACCUUCUGUUGGACAUGCCUUGUGCCGGACUAGACACCCAGCUCCGUCACGCAUGGAACGCCGAUGAUCGAUCGCUUAAUAUUUUCAUAAAGGAUGACGACAAGCUGACCUUUCAUCGUCAUCCUGUAGCCCAAAGCACAGAUUGCAUUCGGGGUAAAGUAGGAUACACAAGAGGGCUUCACGUAUGGAAGAUCCACUGGCCGUCGAGACAAAGGGGUACCCACGCUGUCGUUGGGGUAGCCACCCUAGAAGCACCUUUACACUCAGUAGGAUACACUGCGCUUGUAGGUUCAGACUCGGAGUCCUGGGGCUGGGAUCUGGGACGAAACCGGUUGUACCACGACAGUAAAAACCGGGCACAUAGUUCACUGCCCUUCUACCCGUGUUUCUUAGAGCCAGAGGAGUCAUUCACACUGCCGGACUCGUUAUUAGUGAUUUUGGAUAUGGAUGAAGGUACGCUGAGCUUUAUGGUGGAUGGACAGUAUCUUGGAGUGGCAUUCCGAGGACUCAAAGGCAAGAAGCUGUACCCGGUCGUAAGCGCUGUGUGGGGGCAUUGCGAGAUCACCAUGAAGUAUGUCAACGGCUUGGAUCUUGAAGAGAUUGGACCAGAAUAA